CAGAAUGACUUUCUAGAAAACGUCAUAAAUUUUAUAUUUGACCGGAGUUAUUUACGUAACAGACGUUAGAAAGGCGUUGAAAAGCGAAGUUAAAAUAGUGUUAUACAUUUUUUGGGCGAUAAUAUUAAAUUUUAAAUAAUUAAAUAUGCCUAGACGCGGUAGAUCUUCACCGUCUCCUUCAAGGAGCCAUACUAACCUUCCAGCUAGGACUGCUCCUCCUUCUCCUCCUGCUGCUGCUCCACCUGCAGCCGCAGCACCUUCACAGGGCCCCGGCUUGUUUGGGCAAAUGGCUGCUACAGCAGGAGGUGUAGCCGUUGGCUCAGCAAUAGGACACACUGUUGGACAUGCAAUGACAGGUUUGUUUAGUGGCGGUUCAAGUGAAGCUCCAGCCCAAUCUGCUGCAGCACCCGAGCAGCAAUAUUCCCAACAAGCUUACAGUCAACAACAGUCCACUGAGCCUACUGGACCUUGCGCUUGGGAGAUCAAACAGUUCUUGGAAUGCGCAGCAACACAACCCGAUCUGACAUUAUGCCAGGGUUUCAAUGAAGCUAUCCAACAGUGCAAAAUCAGAAACCAUUUGGCUUAAGGAUGAGGCGAUCCUAGUGCUAUAAAUUCUAGUAGAACAUAUUACCCAGGUUGUAGUCAAUAUUUGGCUUUUCCAUUAUGAAAUAUAUUCUGUAUGCCAUCUACACUUUAUCAGAUGAAGUAUUAAAGAUGAUAACAUACUUUUUUGUAUAUUUUAUUUCUUGUUAUUUAAACUUUUUUGUUAAGUAGGUAAAUAAAGUAGAGUAGAAAGAGA